AUGACUCCCCCGCUCUCAUAUCCUGCUCUUAAAUCUGUAUUGGAGUAUGUGAAGGUUGAAAAACGAAUCCAUCUCAUGGCCCGUAGCAAAUUUCUUCAACGAAUCGAUAAGGCAAUACCUGUCUACGUGAAACAAUUUUGUAUGCAUACACACUAUCUAAGUCUCGACGACUUUCAAUUUGAGGUAGAACAUAAACCGUGGUACAGAAACGAGGACAAGAAGAAUGGAAAGUUACUGAUGAGAUAUUUAAAAGGGAGAUCAAGUGUCAAUGUAGACAGGGCUAUCUUCUCCUGUGUCAAUACUUCUCAGGAUUUUUCUGUGAAACUUGACUUCACAAUCAACAAAUUGAAAACUAUGUCCUGUAAUCUAGAAGCCUUGGUCCCAAUUAUCAAUCCGCGCAGUUUUUCGCUCACAGAUCUUUCCUUGAGAAUUGAUAGGCACACUAAUGUCGACCUUGAAAUAGUUCGUUCUGCCCAACGUGUCAUUUUUGGCAGAAGCGAUGAAAUUAUCGGUCUUGAGAAGCUUCCGAACAAAAGUGUGUACCUCCGACGUCAACCCCUUACUGAUGUCGUAAGAAUUAUUAAAUAUUGGAUUCAACAUGGAAAGGAAGUUUGA